ACUUUUUACGAUUUUUCAUUGCGUUUCAUUCUUUCACUUUCGUUCUGACACUUCAGGGCCACCGUAGAAAUCUCUGCUCAGCAACAAACUGCAGCACAAACUCAGAUUCAGGUUUCUUUUACUCUGGAUCAUUUAAAAGUGUUUUUUACAGCAUUACUGACGUUUUCUUUUUUGGUUUUUGCUUCCAUCACGUUAUGUUUGGAGAGUUUUGGUGCUCCUGAAGGUUCUUUGAAAUAAGUUGUGGGGUUUCCUAGAGGUCGGUUUGAAUAAAAACUGUAAAAAACAAAAACUGUCAUGCAUUUAUAAAAACAGUGACAUCAUAAAACUAAAAUCUUUCUUUAUACAAAUAUAAAUCGACUUUUUAGGUGGAAAUUUUAAACAUGCUUGUGUUCAUUAUCAUGCUUCCAACUCCAAACCACAAACCCGACCAAAUAUAUUUAGAUUUUUGUCUCAUAUUUAAUAAAACUGAGUUAAAGAAGGCAAAUGUUGAAGAACUUCUUCAAGAUAAAAAACAUUUGAGUUCCUUUGGGUUUGUUCCGAGAGUUGUUGGGAUAUAACCGGAAGUGACUCCGUUUGUUAUCCGGAUCUACAACGAUCAAACUGCAGGAGUUCAGGAGUCCACAGGUUACUGACAGUAACUCAUUUCAUCCAGAGAACCUUCUCAGGUGUGACUCCGUCGACUUUCCACUCUGCUGCAGGUCACAGACAUGGCUCCACAAGUCGAUGACAUUAUACGGCUGUGUUGUGAGAUAUCGGCGGAUAAAAAGAUCAAAGUGGCCGUCAAAGAACCAGUCAGAGGAGUGAUGGUGGCGGGAAGCUCCAUGUUGGUGGGAGGCCUGCUAGGAGGACCUGCAGGAAUGGCUGUGGGUGGCGCUGUGGGCGGUCUCCUGGGCAAGUGGAUGAGCAGAGGGCAGUUCCAGCCUUUGCCUCAGAUUCUGAUGGAGUUGUCUUCGAGCCAGAAGCAGAAGCUCUGUAAUGAGAUCCGCCAGGCGUUGGGAAGUUCGUACUAUUUGAACUUGAUCAGCACAGAGUUUCUCAUCUCCUAUGUGAUGAGGGACGCCGAGCUCAACCAGAAGGUCACCUCGGCGCUCAUCAAGUACGUCACCAAAGAGCUGAAGGUAAAGGUGCGUUAUUAAGACUGAGACCCGGACAGAGUCCUCAUAGCAGUUUGUGGCGUGGAAUUCAGAGUAGAUGAUUCCUGUGGGAUUCACGAGGGAUUCCCGAAGGAUUCCCGAGGAAUGGGAGUCGUCUCUGCCAUCAAUCACGGACCAGGAUGGGACAGGAUAUAAUCGUUACCGGAGCAGGACGGGAGCGGUCUGGGUCGUGAAUGAAACGGCUCUCAGAGUGAAUGACAAGUCCGGUUCCCUUCUGGGAAGGUGGGCGGGGUCGUGACGAGUACGGAGAAACCGCCAGACCAACAACAAUAACAAACUACAGCAACUCAAGACAGAAAGGAAAGAACAUGAGUGGAGUUGGAAAGAGAAGCAGAACCUGGAGCCAUGUUCAUUGAUCAUACAAAGGAGAAAUGGAGUCUGCAGGAGAACAUUUCCAUACAGAACCGACUCCACAACAGACUCUGAGAACCGAGAGAACCUUCUAAAACAGAGCAGAUCAUUACUGACAGAAGAAACCAGAUCAGCUCUUCAAGGCUGAGACACUCAGUAUUUGCACACUAAAGUUGUAUUUUGUGUUGUUGUUUCAGUGUUUUGUGUUGUUUGAUAUGAAAAAGGUAAAAAUGUUUAGUUUUUGUUUUUAUCAUUUAUUUUGUACGUUUUAUCUGAAUAAAUAGAAUAUUUAUACUUACAAGAAUAAAUGCGCAUUUUUUAACAUUA